UACAAAUGAGAACUCAUCCCAAAAAAUCAACAAAUAUUAAGUUACAGACUGGAUCAUCCUCUCCGCUCGUUCGACGAUGCGCAUAUUAACUUGAAUUUCGGCUAGUAGAAGCAAGACAUAUUGUUUUCUGUCAUUUUUGCUUCUACCUGCAACAAUGGGCGGUAAAUAUCAAAUAGCCUGCGUAACAAUGACCCGAGUCAUUGGUGACCGACUCCCCAACCGUGGACCUAAACCUGUCAACCUUACGAUCCAAAAAACUAUCAGAAACACUGUAGAAGCGGAAGCAACAACAUCAACUCCGAGAUUCGUAUAAGUGAUAAUACGUGACUAGUGGUGAUUUAAGUGCAUAAUUUGAGAUAGUAUUGUAUGAUCAAUUGACAGCAGAAAUUUGGUGUAAUAGAUUGUUUGCAGUUUUUCCACGUAGAUCAGAAUGAGAUCGAAAUCUGCAGAACGGGAGGCAAGAGGGAUGGGUUUCAAGGACGAGCAGACAGCGCUGAACACGCUCGAGAUCCUGGACGGUCACGAUAUCUUAUAUCAGUAUAGCAUAAUUACAGACUUCAUCAGGCGCGCGAAAAGUACGCUGGAGGACACGCGGGACGAGAAGAAGCUGGCGGAUCUGCGGGACGGCUUGGAGAUCUUUGAAGACUGGUUAGCGGAUUUUGAAGAGAACAAUCGUAUGAAGGAAAGACUCCCGUACCUGCCGAUCGGAACGGUCAAUGUAUUUUACGAUCAUGCGAAGAAAUACGGCGUGUGGGAUGACGAGUUUUUCGAGGCGUAUAAGAACACGGAUGGCGACUACGAAGACCUGUGCGAAAUGGAAGUACCCGGCGGCGGAGGCAUCACGUGGGAUGUCGAAAGAAACAGGCGCUUGAAGGAGAUUAUUUGCAAAAUCAAGAAUGAACACAUUUCGUUGUACGAAGAUGUCCGAUUUUCGAAUUUCCGUCAACCGACGAAGGAACACACACAAUGCAUCGUACUCGCAUACAGUCCUGAUCCUCAUUUUAAUAUCUCGUCAUCCUCUUACCAACACCAGGAAUUUUGGGCCAGUUUUGCCAUGGAGUUAUCCUAGUUAUCCCAGUAAUGUCAUUUUCUUACUCAAUUUUGGACAAAGAUUCUAUGCCAGAGACGCGAAUGCGAUAGCAAUAGUAAAUCAGUGCUUGAAUAAUCUGAAGGAAUUACAAGAAUAAAACAAGAACCUGAUUUUUGGAAUCAAAAAAUUCGCUCUAAAUUUUCAAACAGCAAUAACUCUAAACUACAAAAUUGCACAUUUGUGGUUGGUAUAAGGGCGACGAUGGUUGAAUUACUUAAGAAUUUAUUUAGUUAAAGAAAUUAACAAACAGGAUGACAAUAUGGACAUUGAAGAAGAAGAACAGAGAGGCGCUAAGACAGCUUACGCACAGCUCGAGCAGCAUGGCCG